CAAGAGGAACAAUGGCUGAUGAUAACACUGCGAACUAUCCUUCCGUGAAAUUGUCCGAUUAUGCUCAAUCCUUAUCACCUGAGGCCCGACAAAUAUACGUCAACAUGCCCAGUAUGUACCUGACGGAUGCAGCAAAUGUUGCCAUUUUCCCUGUUGAGGAUGGUAGUUUCAGCUCCCUGGACCUGCGUGACCAUGACCACUAUGAGGUCCAUGGAGAAGCUGGGCAGACCCAAGAGAUGGGGCCAGCACCAGCCCAUGCACCAGCCGCAGGCUCAUCUCGCCAAUUUGCCUUUCGGAGUGGCCCACCAGUCACUGCAAACAUGAGCGUGCUGACAAGAUCGGUUUCCACUCCAAGGUCAUUUCACAGGGCCAUUCAUGUGUCCGACGUGGUGGAGGGGAAACUACUUUCAAGGAGAGUGGUCAUGGUGCGGUUUACGGAGGCGGAGGCAACUGUGUCCAUCAUCAUACACAAACUAAAGGUUGCCAUGGCAGACGAUGAGGACUACACCCUCACUGACACCGCCGGCAAUGAAAUUGUCGAAUCGGAAGGGACAACAGGAUCAAUGUACUGGAAGCAAAGUGCACGAAAAAUUUUUGACAUCAAGACUAGCACUUUCCAGCAGUGGCGCAGGCGGCAUUCCAGCCACAGAAAUGAAGACGUCCAGAGGCUGCAGGACCAAGUGGAGGAACUGCUGGAGGCAUCCCAAGGGCUGGGGGAAGUCACACGGAAUAUUGAUACCCUUGUGACCCUCAGCCGCAACCUGUCUCCAGUGUGGCUGGAAUUUAAACAAGCCUUCAUAUGUUUGGUCUGCAGAGCUACCAUGACUCGGCCCAUGUUUACAUCCUGCUGUCGGAGCCUGGUGGGGUGUGUGGAUUGUGUCCGAGAGUGGGAACGAAAUUCUAAUCAGUGCCUCAAGUGCAGGGAAGACCUGCCUACCUACACUGAGGUAGCAGGACUGUCUGCAGCACUAGACUGCCUGAGGUCAACUCAGUAGUUGUGACAAAAUGGGCUAUUGUCACAGCUUCACUACUUUCGGAAAUUAACUGUACACAUUCAUUUCCUGUCUUGCAUUAUUGGGCAAACUGAUUAAUCCAGGUGUGUCUGGUUGAGACUGCUGCAACAAGACACACCUGGAUUUAUCAGUUUGCCCAAUAAUGCAAGACAGGAAAUGAAUGUACACAGUUAAUUUCAGGAAGUAGUGGAGCUGUGAAAACAGCACAUUGGAAUAUUUUAUGUUAUAUGUUCACAUUUAUGUUUUAUUUAGGGUUACGGUGUAUUAGUUAAGUUUGUUAAGUUUGCUUGUUAAGUUUAACUUUUGAGGCUUUAUUAAAGAGAUAGUUUUUUC